GAGGGUCUGUGACGACUCACUUCACCGGAAGGCGAGGUGCGCUGCGGACCUGUGGUAGCCGUUCGCUCCGGGGCGCUCUCCUGUGAAGCAGAGCUCAGCCCACCGCGGCCUUGCCAGACCUGAGCUCGCUCUUUCGGUUUCCCCAGCUGCACAGCUGCGCAGCCGAGCCAGCCAGCGGAGGCCCCGCGACUCCCGGCCACUCCCUCCCUCUGACCUGCAGUUAGGCCGCGCCUUGAGGCCCAGUCCGCGGCGGCUCCGGCGGGUGAUGCCAAAUACAGCCAUGAAGAAAAAGGUGCUGUUGAUGGGAAAGAGCGGGUCGGGAAAGACCAGCAUGAGGUCCAUUAUCUUUGCAAAUUAUAUUGCUCGCGACACCCGGCGCCUGGGUGCCACCAUUGAUGUGGAGCACUCCCACGUCCGAUUCUUAGGCAACCUGGUGUUGAACCUGUGGGACUGUGGCGGUCAGGACACCUUCAUGGAAAAUUACUUCACCAGCCAGCGAGACAACAUCUUCCGUAAUGUCGAGGUGCUGAUUUACGUCUUUGACGUGGAGAGCCGCGAACUGGAAAAGGACAUGCAUUAUUACCAGUCGUGUCUGGAGGCCAUCCUCCAGAACUCUCCUGAUGCCAAAAUCUUCUGCCUGGUGCACAAAAUGGAUCUGGUUCAGGAGGAUCAGCGUGACCUGAUUUUUAAAGAGCGAGAGGAAGACCUGAGGCGUUUGUCUCGCCCCCUGGAGUGCGCUUGUUUUCGAACAUCCAUCUGGGAUGAAACCCUCUACAAAGCCUGGUCCAGUAUUGUCUAUCAGCUGAUUCCCAACGUCCAGCAGCUGGAGAUGAACCUAAGGAAUUUUGCCCAAAUUAUCGAGGCCGAUGAAGUUCUGCUGUUCGAGAGAGCUACUUUCUUGGUCAUUUCUCAUUACCAAUGCAAAGAGCAGCGCGACGUCCACCGAUUUGAGAAGAUCAGCAACAUCAUUAAGCAGUUCAAGCUGAGCUGCAGUAAAUUGGCCGCCUCUUUCCAGAGCAUGGAAGUUCGGAAUUCUAACUUCGCUGCUUUCAUCGACAUCUUCACAUCAAACACGUACGUGAUGGUCGUCAUGUCGGAUCCGUCGAUCCCGUCUGCAGCUACUCUGAUCAACAUUCGCAAUGCCAGGAAACACUUUGAGAAGCUGGAGAGAGUGGAUGGUCCCAAGCACAGCCUCCUUGUGCGUUAAAUAUUGCCAAAUGCUUUCUGAAAGUGCUUAAUUGCCUUUUCCACCACCCCGCACCCCCCUCCCCGCAUCCUUUUAGUAUUCGUUAUUGUCGUGUGCUUAAAAGUGGGCUUUGAAAUGUGUGCUGCUUACUACUUCAUCCCUUUCUUCCCUAUUUCCCUUUCUUUGAAACCUUGGACGCUAUUUACUCAGCUAUCUAGUAGAGCUUCAAGAUGGCCUUUCUGAAAAGUUGGUGUGGUUUAACACUAAAGUAGGUGGUGUGUGUGUGUGUAUGUGUUAUUACCUGGUUAUAAUAGAUAUGCAUAUCAAAGCCUUUGCAAUAUCUUCCUGUAUUCCUUACAAGAUUGCAAAGAUGGAAUGUUACUAUUUUAUCAGCAAUAUUAAAAUGCAUUUAUAAAGUCUUCUUGGCUUCAUUAUGAAUAAACAUUUGCUGUUAGCAAUUUAAAA